CGAUGUAUUGUAGUAGAAUUUAGAUAUAAAUUCGUGAUGAGAAGAAGUUUUGCGCCUAGUCAGUUAGAAAAACGAAAAUUGGACGACGAAGAUUCGAUAAUACAGAAGAAAACAAAAUCAUCUGAUUUAUCACUUCACGAACAAUUGAUAAGGAAAAUAUUAGCACGACCUUUCAAAAUACCGAUACCUAAUUAUUCUGGUGUGCCUUUAAGCCAUAGGACUUUAGGACUUAGAAGGAAUGGGACGAGAAGAGCUCUACAUGAUCCUUACGAAGAAGGAGCUUUGAUUUUGUAUGAACCUCCUCCUAUUCCUCUUCAUGAACAAUUAAAAUGUGAAAUGAAUCAGCAGCCUGUUCAUGUCGUCGUAGACCCUAUAUUGUCGCAAGUUUUACGUCCUCAUCAACGUGAAGGAGUCAAAUUUAUGUGGGAUUGUGUUACGGGGAAACAGAUAGAAAAUAACUACGGUUGUAUCAUGGCCGAUGAAAUGGGAUUAGGUAAAACACUUCAGUGUAUUACUUUACUAUGGACAUUAUUAAGACAAGGACCAGAUGCUAAACCUAUUAUUGAUAAAGCAAUCAUUGUUUCUCCAAGUAGUUUGGUGAAAAAUUGGCAAAAUGAAAUCACAAAAUGGUUGAAAAAUAAAAUUAAUGUUAUGGCUAUUGACUCUGGAUCAAAAGAGAAAAUUGAUAAAGAUCUUCAAUAUUUUAUGAAUACGAAUGGUCGUCGUGUUGUGUGUCCCGUUUUGAUUAUAUCGUAUGAAACUUUUCGAUUACAUGCUGCCGUGCUUCAUAAAGGAGAAGUCGGAUUUGUUAUUUGUGACGAAGGCCAUCGAUUAAAAAAUUCUGAUAAUCAGACCUAUAAUGCACUUAAUAAACUACAGGCUAAACGUAGAAUUUUAAUUUCUGGAACACCUAUUCAAAAUGAUUUGCUUGAAUAUUUUAGCUUAGUUCAUUUUGUGAAUGAAGGGAUACUUGGAACUGCCCAGGAAUUUAAACGUAAAUUUGAAACGCCUAUUAUAAGAAGUCGUGAUGCUCAUGCAUCUGAUGCUGAACAACAAAAGGGUAAUGAACGAUUAGAAGAAUUAUUGUCAAUUGUAAAUAAAUGCAUGAUUAGACGAACAUCAGCACUUUUAUCAAAAUAUAUUCCAGUAAAAAUAGAAUUAGUGGUUUGUUGUAUGAUGACACCAUUACAAAAUGAUAUAUAUGUAAAUUUUGUAAAAUCUUUGGAUAUAUUAAAGUUAAAUAAUGCCAAAGAAAAGGGAAACAAAGUAAAUGUCUCUCUGUCUGCAAUUACUUCUCUCAAAAAAUUGUGUAACCAUCCAGAUUUAAUAUAUGAAAAAUGUCAAGAAAGCCCUAAUGAAUAUCUAAAGUAUUUUCCAGAAAAUUAUAACCCCAAAAAUCUUUUACCAGAAUUAUCUGGUAAAAUGAAGGUUUUAGACUGUCUCUUGGCAGUUAUUAAAAGUACUACUAAAGAUAAAGUAGUAUUAGUUUCUAAUUAUACCCAAACUCUUGAUUUAUUUGAAAAACUUAGUAGAUUAAGAAACUAUAAAUAUGUUCGUCUUGAUGGUACAAUGUCUAUUAAAAAGAGAGCUAAAGUAGUUGAGACAUUUAAUAAUCCUGAUAAUGAUGAAUUUAUUUUUAUGCUUAGUAGUAAAGCUGGUGGAUGUGGUUUAAAUUUGAUUGGUGCAAAUCGAUUAGUAAUGUUUGAUCCUGAUUGGAAUCCAGCUAAUGAUGGACAGGCAAUGGCUAGAGUUUGGAGAGAUGGUCAAAAGAAACAGUGCUAUAUAUAUCGUCUUUUGACUACUGGAACAAUUGAAGAGAAAAUUUUUCAAAGACAAACACAUAAAAGAGCUUUAAGUAGUUGUGUGGUGGACAACACAGAAAAUGUUGAACGACAUUUUAGUUUGGCUGAAUUAAGGGAAUUAUUUCGCUUGGAAGUUGGAACUUUGAGUGAUACACAUGAUAAAAUUAAUUGUAAAAGAUGUGUUAAUAAUAUAGAAGUUAAAUCUCCAUGUAAUCAAGCAGACUGUAAUAGUGAUUUAUCUGAUUGGUGUCAUUGUGCUGAUAAAAAAAAAUUACCUGAUAUUAUUUUAAAAUCAAUUUGGGAUUCAGGCAUUUCUUUUGUUUUUCAUCAGAAAUCUCAUGAUCAAAAAACUGUUCCAUAGUUUAAUAUAUGUAAACACAAAUUUAGUAUAUUAUUUUAUACUUGAUUAUGUAACUUAAUUUAUAUUGAUAAUUAGCAAUAUCUCUGUGAAGUACAGUAUCUGUAAAAAAAAUACAAAAAGUGUAAUUAAGUGAAAAUAUGUUUUAUCUUACUUUUAGAGCAUUGUAAAAAACUAUCAUAUAUUUGUAAUUAUAAAUUCUUUCCAUAAAUUAACAAAUUUAAUAAAUUCAAACACAAAGUGCUGAUAAACAGACUCCAGUAAACAUUAUUUAUUUCUUAUUGAUAUAUGUUAUUUAUUAUAUGGAAUUUCAGUUUAUAACUUGCCUUUCCUUGGUCUAAAUCAGUGGUCUUCAAACUUUUAACAUCUACAGAACACUCAUGCCUUUUUGUUUUUGUUUUUUC